AUGUCAAGUCGUCAACAGAUUGAUUCCGUCAUCGACGAUGACGACGAGUUCUGCCCUCUUUGUAUCGAAGAGUUCGACUUGUCCGAUAAGAACUUUAAACCUUGUCCUUGUGGGUAUCAGAUCUGUCAAUUCUGCUACAACAACAUCAAGACCCACAGUGAGGAAGGUCGCUGCCCCAACUGCCGACGUGUCUACGAUGAAAGCACCAUCCAAUAUAAGGUUCCUGAUGCGGACGAGUUCAAGGCAGACCUGGCCCUCAAACAUCGCAAAGCCGCCGCUGCGAAGAAGAAAGAGGCCGAAAAGCGUGAGAUCGAAGCGUCGAGUCGGAAGAACUUGGCCGGUGUCAGAGUCGUGCAGAAAAAUCUCGUCUACGUGAUUGGGCUCAACCCCACAAUACGGGAUGAGAGUCAGCUGCUGCAGACACUGCGCGGCAGAGAUUAUUUCGGUCAGUACGGUGAUAUCGAGAAGAUCGUCGUUAGCAAGGCGAAGCCCGGCGGCAACCCGAACCAGGGCAUUGGCGUUUACGUGACCUACGCGAGGAAGCAGGACGCCGCAACCUGCAUAGCGGCGGUUGAUGGGUCGGCGAACGGUGAUCGGGUGUUGCGGGCGCAAUACGGCACCACGAAAUAUUGCUCGUCCUUCCUCCGAAACGAACAAUGCCAUAACCGAAAUUGCACCUUCCUGCAUGAGACUGGGGAGGAUAGCGACAGCUACAGCCGCCAGGAUCUCUCGUCGAUGAAUACCCUGUCCAGUCAACGGCCCAACGGAGCGCCGACUGCUCCCGCAUACGCUAUCGCUCCGCACGUUACUCGAACCUCUGCUCAGCCUCUGUCGCAACCCAUGCGCCGCCAACCUAGUCGAGACGAUGCCGCCGGCAGUCGGGUUCCCGAUGGCCCCGCCCUUCCCUCCUCGGCUAGCUGGGCGAACAAGGAUGCGGUCUUGAGUCGUGCUCGACGAGCUAGUCUAACCGGCAGUCAAGCGUCACAGAGCCCUCGGCCAGCCAUGGCUACGGUGACGCCUGUCUUGGGAGAAUCGAAGCCCGUGGAAAAGUCGCCGCCUGCUACGCAGCCCGAGCCUGUUCAACAGUCAUCACCCCAGUCGGACCGAAGAUCUUCAACUCCACGUUCCCCUGAGGCCAUCCAGACCCCGCCGCAACCCGAGACCCCUCUGCUGGAUAACCUUGUCAAGGCCGUGAACUCGCCCGACUUCAAGUUUAUCUUCUCGGCGGCUGGACUGCCGGCGGACGAGAUUGCUUUGAUUGAAAACCAUCCUUCCUUCAUCGAUCCGUAUGGUGGUGUCAAACGUCGGGCCAUGCGCGAGAAGGCCGAGCAGGAGCGUCUCAGGCGGGAACAGGAACUCCUCCAGUCAGCGGCUGCUGAAGAAGAGAGCCGGGAAAGUGGAAGCUUGCAGCUCGGAGGGGAGCCCGAUGAUGUGGCUCCGCCUCGAGGUCGCAGCGGCCGCGAGUCUCAUGGUGCCAUUCAACCCCCUUCUCAGCAAGGUACUACCGAAAAUUCUGCCGUGGGCUCUCCAGUCUCCGCUUCAAGCCAUCAGUUUCAGCAGCUCAAUCAACAACUCAACCUCGCCGGUCGCAGUCUGACUCCUCUCCAACAGCAGCAGUUGAUGAUCCUCAAGUCUGUCAAUGAUCGGGCUGCCCUUGACCAGUUACAGGGUGGAAUCAGCUCCGUGGCCAUUGAUCAAGCUGCGCAGGUCCGCCAAGGUCUGCUCCAGAGUCAGGUGGCGCAGUUGAAUUCGCUUCAAGCUCAAAACCGUCAGAACUCUCGAUUCUCUUUCGCCGGCGAAGCCAACUCUAAAAACCUGCCUACUGCCCGCAUGCUAAGCCAACAGGCGUCGUUGAUGCAGUCUGCUGGUACUCCUAAUCCACUCGCGGCGCCUAGCCCACAGCACGGACUUAGCGGCGGCUACUUCCCCAGUGGUGUGCAGGGACCACCUCCUGGCUUGAAGACGGCUGGUACGCCUCCGAUCAGCGGCGGUGGCAUGUUCGCCCAAGGACACGGUUUCACCACGAACACUAGUCUCGGACUUGGAGCCAGCAUCGGCAAGCAAGAAGCGAAUCCCGACUUGAUGCGUGAGUUGCUGCGUGGCCGCAAUGGUGCCGGUGCCGGUGGUUUGCAGGGUCAAGAGGCCGCUAAGCGUGAGUUCAUCCUUCCUUUCCUUCAGCAGCACCACACCCCCCCUCCCCUGACUCCUGCCAAUAAUGGCCUUCUGAGCUCUUUCUAUGGCUCUCAGGCGGGGAGCUUCCCCGAAUCUGGGCCACAGAAGCAGAAGAAGAAGGGGAAGAAGCACAGACACGCUAACACUUCCUCCGGUGGAGGUGGUGUAGUAGAUCUUGCGGACCCGAGCAUCCUACAGGCGAGGAUGCAUCAAAAUGCUGCUGCUACUGCUGGGCAAGCACUGUACGGGAGUCAGGGCCAAGUUGACGAAGAGUUCCCUCCGCUCGGAGCGCAGCCGAAGGACAAGCGUCCCGUUGACAGCUUUGGCUAUCUCAUUCGUUCUCAAUUUGCCAGCGAUUCGCAAAGCUCUGCUCGCGUUGGAACGCCGACGCUGCCCCCAGGCCUCCCUCUUCCACACGCCCAUCCAACCGCUUUGUUUCAGAGUCCUUUGAAUCCGUCUAGCCCGACCACCUCGGUUUCCGUUCCGCCGGGACUGAAUCCCCCUUUCUCUCGUCUGGGGACCCCGUCUCAAGUAUUUCAAACAGACAUGUCCCGGCAACCGUCGCCUGAGGUCAAGGAUACCUCUGAAGAUGUGCCAGCGUCUAGUCGUGUCAAGAACGUAUCUGAAAUCUCAUUGGGCUCGCCUGUACCCAAGUCGACUAGCAAGGCUCGCUUGCAAGCCAAGAGUGACCUAUCUGUUGCAACGGACAAGCAAACUGCAGGCGCAUCCAAAGCUACUUCUGCAAAUGAGAAACCGGUUUCCACCCCGGUAAGGUCGAAGCCUAUCAAAUUGGAUCUCUCUUUGGGCACACCCCAGAACAUCCCAAAGGCAGAUACGUCGGCUCCUAGCACACACGGACCGGUUUCAAUUUCUGCUCUUGGCUCUCGUCCCAAUACCCCCUUGACUGGGGUCUCACGAGCCUCUGAUUCAUCGGCUCCACGACAGCCAAGAGUCCUUCGCGUGGUUGAUACGCCCAAGACGGAGACCCCGCCUCCCCCUUCUGCCCCCCAGUCGGUUUCGUCCCUUCCGGCUGCGAAUAAAGCCCGCUCUAGGCGUCCCAGCAUCUCCUCCAUGAGCAGGCCAGAUACUCCCGGUGACAUGGGGUCCGAGGCCGAUUUCUACACGUCAGCAUCUGUGUCCCGUGCUAAUUCCCCUCCCGCGUCGACCCGAAUUGGCUCUGCCCCAGUGCGGGCUGUUACCAAGAGUCAAGCCAAGAAGGAGCGGCGCCAGAAGGCCAAGGAAGCGGAAGCCAAGAAAACGGAAUCUUCCACGAUAGCUGAAGAACCAGUGCAGGCUCCCAUUCUUGGUCGCAAGCGAAAGACUAAGAAGACUCCUGUGAGCAAUAGUGACACGACAGCUGCGAAGCCAGGAACUCCUGCAGAAGUCGAGAAGCCUGUCACUCCUGUCAGUGUUGAGAGCAUUGAAAAGGAAGAGCGACGAGUCGAAGCGAAGAAGAAGACCAAUUCCAAGGAGAAGGCACCCCAGGCCGCUAUUCCCCCUCCUGUUGAGGUGAAGCAACCCCCCGAGCCUGAAGCUCCAGCUGAAGCUUGGCGUUCCAAGAACACUGUCGAACAGUUGAUCAAGGAUGCAGAGUCCAGUGGCGUUUCGAUCAAAGACCUCUUCGCCGAGCGUACAUCGCCUUUGCAGGUCUUGCUUGCGCAACUGCACCAAUCCGGCCACUUGGAUCUCAACAAUCACCCCUUGUUUAACCCUACCAAUCUCAGUCAACGCUUCGACAUGAAGUGCACCGCGGACGAUUAUGAGAUCCUGAAGCAACCCAUUGAGCUUGCCGAUGAACACCGCAAGGCCCUGCUCCGCGGAGAGCCCAUUCGGAUCCACUCGGACCCCGGCUUGCUGAAGGACCGCUGUCUAAUCACCCCUCGCGGCUGCGUCCUUCGCCACUUGUCGCAGGAAGAGGAAGAUCGGUACCUAGCGCUGGAGAAGAGCAUUGCUUGGGCGGUCGAGUCGUUCCAAGAUUACUCGUCUGCUCCCAUUACGGAACCGGAUGUGACCAAUCGCGGGGGUGGUCUCGAUGCUCUGUUCGCCACACCAGAGAACUUCAAUAUCUGCUGGGCCGAUGAGAACUCGGUUAGUCUAUCCUCCGUGUCGGCCUCGGCCUCGCUAUCGGGCGGGCCUGAGGUCGCCAGCUCCUCGAGCGUACCUGCUCCACCGAAUGCUCUCUCGGCCAUGGAGGCAGACAGCACCCGCAGCCACAACUGGGCGAUCGCCAAUACCGCCGAGCUGGUCAACGCAACCGCCACCUCGGUGCGCUCCUUUGCUGCAGCCACAGCCAAGCACAUGUUGGGUGCCGCGGGCGUCGUCAUGGGCAGUAUUCCGGAUUUGGACGACGUCGUGGGCAUGACUCCGGAGGAGUUGCGCUCUUUCGCGGUCAAGUCGCAGAAAGAUUUGGAGGUGUCGCGCAAGGAGCUGGACACGAUCGACAAAAAACUCAAUGCCCUGGUUAAAAGGAAUCGGAAGCUUGCGCAACAGGCCCUGGCCACAACCGUUGAGGGUUGA